CUGAAAACCGGAAGACAAUUCUUAACCGGAAGAUAAUCCCGUUUUCUGAAAAGUAAAUAAAUAUUAUUUUCUUAGAACAGCUAAGAAAACAAAACAAAAACAUGUAAAAGAGAUGAAUCUACAAUACAUUUUAAAACAAGUUUGCAGUUUUACCUCCUUCCUUUUAGAAUUUAUCAAUAUGAAGAUUUCUUUCGCUGUUGUGUUAGUGGGGCUUUUCUUGUUGGCGUUCAGUACUACAGAUGGACAUCCUAUUGCAUGGUUUGCAAGAAUAGCUGCCGCACUUGGUGUAAAAUUGGCGAAAAACAGCUACUAUGCUCGAUGCAACACCCGUCUUGUACCCUCUGGAAUGAAUUGUCCAUCUGUUGUUUACGGAGUUGGACUGUCAAGAGGAUCUGCUCAACAAGCUGCUAAGUUUUACGCUAGCUCAGUUGGUGACAGUGGUUGUGCCAGAUAUGUUGGACAUUGUCAAAUUAAAAAAUUUAUCAAAUAGUUUGUUGUGUGCUUCUUUGAUUCCUAAAAUGCAAAAAAAAAUAUCAAUUUA